AUGUCUGCAAGUCACGUGAGAAAAGCUCCACCUGCCUCUCUCUCGUUCAUUCGGGUUUGUUCCUUCGUCCUCCCUCUGCUACUGCUACCCGAUAGCGAUGGAGAUCGAGCUCGUAUUUAUAUCCCAACCAAAAAUCCACACAUUAAUUCGAAAAGACUUCCCUACAAAGUAGCCUUUGAUCGCUUCCUCCGAUUCUCAGAACCGCCAAAUGCUCCCAACCCUAGCUCAUCCAAUUCCAGUUCUCUUUCUAAGAUCGCGAUCGAGCACAAUCUCCAGAUCGCUAAGAUUUUGAGUGUUUGGCCGGUGGUUUUCCUUUUCCGCACAAUGGGAGACACUUUGCGUAGAAUCCCUCAAGAGGCCAAUGCUGCUAUGACUGGAGGGAAAAAGAAGUCACAUGAUCAUAUAGUUGCUUCUCGCCCCAACGCCUCUUUGCAGCACAUAAAUUCGCUUCGAAUCGGGAAUGGAGCUGCGAGCCAGGUGGCAUUGUUUUUGCUCAAAAUGGCCGCAUUGGAGACAGUAAGGAGGUUCUCAAGGGCCAAGUGCCCUUGGGCAUGGCGUGGCUUUCAGGCUUUGCAAUUUCUGUGCUAUCCACCGUUCAAGUGGUUUCAACGAUUUGCCCCUUUCAAGGCUUUGGUCAAUGGCAUGCAGGUAGUUUCAAAACCAUUACUAGUGCUCUCCAUUGCAACGACUUUCUCUGAUGAAGCUGAACUCUUUAAUAGAACCUCUGAUGGCAUCAACAAUUCUGAUGCAUGUUCAGAAGUGGACUCAGAAGCAUCCUCUGAGUGUGUCAACGAUUCUAAUUUGGAUACAAGGAUUCCUGAUGAAUUUCCUCAAAAUGUACAACCUGAAAUGUGGUUGACACAACUCCACAAAGAGCUGGAAACACAAGGGAUUACAUUGCCAGAAAGAAUUGAUGAGGAGGAACUUCGCAGGUUUUACACUGCUGCAAACGGAGACUUCUCUUGCUUGCUAUCUUCAAUAAAGAAGACGAUCAAAUGGAGGGAGACUUAUGGAAUUCUUUCUGUACAGGAGCUUGAGAUGUGGUCAAAUAUGGUUUUCUGGCAUGGAUUUGAUGUGAAACACAGACCUUGCCUCAUUGUACGACUUGGGCUAGCUUGCACCAGCUUGCCAUCUCAUGAUAGACCACGCUUUGCUCAAGCAAUCAUUUCUCAAGUAGAGCACGGUGUCUUUCAUUUGCUUGAUGCCAACAAUGCUCAAAUUACAGUUGUGGUAGAUUGUGAAGGUCUAUCUCCAUUGAAAAUUCCCAUGCAAGUUAUGAGGACUUGUUCUUCCCUUUUGCAAGAUCACUUCCCCAACCGUCUUGGCUGUCUGUUUGUUAUACAGCUUCCUCCAGUGCUUCGCGUUAUUGCUCAAACUUUUAUACAAGUUUUGAAACCUUACACCCGACAGAAGUUGAGAAUUGAAGGCGAGAUGUACCGGAAGAUUCUAUCUGAGUACCUUGAGACACUUCCAUCAUAUCUUGGUGGCAAAUGCAUGUGCAAAAUAUGUUCAGAUAUUAGCAUCACAGAUAUGCAGCAGCCUCACGCAAAUGAAAUGGCCAUGACAGAGCAGAGACCAAAUGUGCGUGAGGGUGGGAAUCCAGUCACAGCCCAUCCAACUUAUGAGGCCGAGGUUGACAUGGACCGCAAUUGUGAUCAGGUGCUGAGAACUGCGAUAGUUGGCAUCCUUAUGAUUUGGGUUUUCAUAGCAUUUAUUGCUGGAUUUAUCGACCCUGAAAGCCGUCCCAUUUUUCCAAAGUGA